UCCUGGUCUCUCUACCAUGACCUAGGACCAAUGAUCUAUUACUUCCCUCUGCAAACGCUGGAACUCACGGGGCUGGAGGUCUUCGGUGUAGCAAUCCUUUCUCCCGUACUCCUCGCAGUGCCUCCUUUCUGGAAGUUGGCUAACAGGAAGUGGAUGCUAAGCCUGCUGCGGGUAAUCACUAUUGGCGGCGUUGCCUCCUUCCACGCUCCUAAUGCCACACUUCGGCUGACGGUCCUCGCUCUGGGCGUGUCCUCCUCGCUGAUCGUGCAGGCUGUGACGUGGUGGUCAGGAGGUGGCUUGCAGAGGUAUCUCCGAAUUUGGGGCUUCAUUUUAGGACAGAUUCUUCUGCUCGUCCUCCGAAUCUGGUACACGUCCCUAAACCCGGUGUGGAGUUACCAGCUGCCCAACAGAGUCAUACUGGCCCUGGGUGCUGUGGCCACACUGGACCGCAUGGGGACAGAUGGUGACUGCAGUAAACCCCAGGGGAAGAAGACAGGCGAGGCCCAGGGGGCGGCCCCGCGACUCAGCUGGUUGUUGGCAGGGGCUAGCCAAGGAGAGCCAUCGCAGGGGGGUGAGGGGAAGAGGCAGCUGACCUGUGCCCGAGGCGCCAUUCUGUUGGCCUUGGCCAGUGGAUUGAUGCUUCCGGCCUGUUCGUGGUUUCCCAGUACGAGCUUACUCUGGUGGGCGACAGGAGCGGCUUCGGCCGCGGGUCUCCUCUACCUGCCCACGUGGGCAGCUGCUCUUUCCGGCUGCGUGCUGGCUGUCUUCACGGCAUCCGUGUGGCCUCAAGUGCUCGGACAGCUUGUCAGUUCAGGGCCGAACCCUGGGAAAGUCAUGGCCACUGCCAUGGUCUUCUAUCUUUUCGACAUGUUUUUCUGUGCGUGGUGCACAGCUUUUAAGUUCGUCCCAGGAGGUGUCUAUGCCAGAGAAAGAUCGGAUGUGCUUAUGGGGACAAUGAUGCUGGUUAUCGGGCUGAAUAUGCUGUUCGGUCGGGAGAAGAACCUUGACUUCCUCCAGCAGACAAAAAACAGUCCUAAAGCACUUUUUAAAAAGAGUGAAAAGUACAUGAAACUUUUUUUGUGGUUGCUUGUUGGUGCAGGGUUGUUGGGAUUAGGACUACGGCAUAAAACCUACCAGAGGAAAUUGGGCAAAGGGGCGCCAGCCACGGAGAUUUCCGCUGCCAUCUGGCCUUUCAGAUUCGGGUAUGACAAUGAAGGCUGGUCUAGCCUAGAAAGGUCAGCUCAACUGCUCAACCAAACAGGUGCUGAUUUUAUAACCAUUUUGGAGAGCGACGCGUCCAAGCCCUACAUAGGGAACAACGACCUUACCAUGUGGCUCGGGGAGAGGCUGAGUUUCUACACAGACUUCGGUCCCAGCACCAGGGACCACACCUGGGGGAUUAUGGCUCUGUCAAGGUACCCGAUCGUGAAGUCGGAGCACCACCUUCUCCCGUCGCCAGAGGGCGAGAUCGCACCAGCCAUCACAAUGACGGUUGAUGUCUCGGGCCGACCGGUCGACUUCGUGGUGACACACUUUGGGAAUUAUGAAGAUGACCUUGACAGGAAACUGCAGGCUAUUGCUGUCUCAGAACUACUGAAAAGUCGCUCGAAUCAGGUGAUAUUUCUGGGAUAUAUCACUUCAGCACCUGGCUCCAGAGACUACCUACAGCUCACUGAACACGGCGACAUGAAGGACAUCGACAGCACAGAUCCGGACAGAUGGUGUGAAUAUAUUAUGUACCGAGGGCUGAUCAGGUUGGGUUAUGCAAGAAUCUCCCAUGCUGAACUAAGUGAUUCUGAAAUUCAGAUGGCCAAAUUUAGGAUCCCGGAUGACCCCCUUAAUUAUAGCGACAACCAGAGAGUGGUCACAGACCCCAGAGAAGUGCCUGAGGAAAUCCACUUCAAUCCCAGGUGA